UUAUACUCCACUCACGAGAACUCUGCACUUUGCACUUUGGUUAAAGUCUCGUUUAAAUUUAAAUUUCUAAACUUUUCUUAAGAAAUUAAGUUUUAUUUGAUCUCCUCUUUUCUGAAUUGCAGAAAUCAGAUAAAACUACUUGAUAAAAAUGACUUCUUGUCAUGUUACUAAAGAUCCUAUAAAAAAGGUUGCUAUCUUUGGAGGAACUCAUGGGAAUGAGUUAACAGGAGUAUUUCUAGUCAAGCACUGGCUGGAGAAUGGCACUGAGAUUCAGAGAACAGGGCUGGAAGUAAAACCAUUUAUUACCAAUCCAAGAGCAGUGAAGAAGUGUACCAGAUAUAUUGACUGUGACCUGAAUCGAGUUUUUGACCCUGAAAAUCUUGGCAAAACAAUGUCAAAGGAUUUGCCAUAUGAAGUGAGAAGGGCUCAAGAAAUAAAACAUUUGUUUGGCCCAAAAGACAAUGAAGAUUCCUAUGACAUUAUUUUUGACCUUCACAACACUACUUCUAACAUGGGAUGCACUCUUAUUCUUGAAGAUUCCAGAAAUGACUUUUUAAUUCAGAUGUUUCAUCAUAUUAAGACUUCUUUGGCUCCAUUACCCUGCUACGUUUAUCUUAUUGAACAUCCUUCCCUCAAGUAUGCAACCACUCGUUCUAUAGCCAAGUAUCCUGUUGGUAUAGAAGUUGGUCCCCAGCCUCAAGGGGUUCUGAGAGCUGAUAUUUUGGAUCAAAUGAGAAAAAUGAUUAAAAAUGCUCUUGACUUUAUACAUAAUUUCAAUGAAGGGAAAGAAUUUCCUCCAUGUGCUAUUGAAGUCUAUAAAAUAAUGGAGAAAGUUGAUUAUCCCAGGAAUGAAAAUGGAGAUAUUGCUGCUAUUAUCCACCCUAAUCUGCAGGAUCAAGACUGGAAACCGCUGCACCCUGGGGAUCCUGUGUUUUUAACUCUUGACGGACAGAUAAUUCCAUUGGGCGGAGACGAUACUGUGUACCCAGUGUUUGUAAAUGAGGCUGCAUAUUAUGAAAAGAGAGAAGCUUUCGCAAAGACAACCAAACUAACACUCAGUGCAAAGAGUAUUCGCUCCUCUUUACAUUAGGAAUCACUUGUAACCCCCUGUGUACAGUAUCUCUACUAGUUUGUAAGCUCUUGAAGGGCAGGAUCGUGCCUUCUUCAGCUUCAUACCUGUAGCACCUAGUCCAGUGCCUUGCACACAGUGGGCAUUGAGGCAAAUUUUCUGAAUGAAUGAAUGAAUGAUGAGUACCUUUAAAAGUAUCAUAUUGCAUAGGUAGCUUAUUCAGAGAGGUGCAUUUCUUAUUUCUGCAUAGCUCCUUAUAUAUUACACUUGGAUAGUUUAAGAUUCUGAAUAAAACCACCUUUAAAUUCACAUUUCAAAAUUGAAAUGGAUAUUAUCUUAAAAAGUUAUUAAUUUAAGCAUAGAAUUAAACGUGUUUUCAAGUAAUGUAUAAAUGCUACUAGAAACUAAUGAUGCAGAGUUGGCUAUUUUUAAAUUUUUCACAUUUGAAUUAAUGAUAAUAUAUUAAGUAUCCCAUCUGUAAAGUUUACCAAUAGUUGUGAUAUCCAUAGGAGGUUUUUAAUUGCUCUUUUGAAGAUGAAAUGUGAACAAGAAAUGAGAGCUGAUUAGAAACUGAAUGGACCUCUGUCCACAGAAAGACUGUAACCCCCACACAGCAUCGCUGUUCUCACAUGGUUGCUUGUUCCACGCUGACCUCCGGGAGUGGGGAGCCUCUUCCAGACAUCUCACAAGCACCUUGGGAAGCUAACAUCCCUUCCCAACUUGGGAAAAUCUGGAAGAGGCAUAGUCCUCCAACUGUCCCUUCUCAGUUUGAAGGAAUGCACUUGCUUUUGUCCCCAGCCAACACGUGAGGAAGUCUUUGGGCUUCUACAGCAUAGGUGGUGAAGACAGAAAUAGCAGAGGGCACUGGACACUAGUGGAAAUGUGAGCCAAACUCAUGUCUCUUAUCAUAUGCUUUCUUUCAAGAAAGUGCCCAUGACUGAAGUGCCCAAAUCCCUCUCCUCUCUUGAUUUUUCUCCUCAGAGUUCUCCCUCUCCCGCCAACCCCUACAGGAACCGUGCCUGUCUCCUCUCUUAGGCCCCCACGGCCAAGUUAAAGAGAGUUUUUAUCCUAUGAUUUGGACCCAAAUGAACCCUUGUUUAUGGCUUCAAAUAUAUGUACCAAAAUCAUACUAAUAUUAUUGGAAAAAAAGAUUCAUAUUCAGUGUUUUAUAAAGUGCAAGUAAACUGUUUCUAAAUUUUUCAGCACGAAUAUUUUUGUACUCUGCCAAAAUGAUUUGUAUUGAACUAAACUGUCUUCCUUCUGAAUUCUGAAGUAAAAAUUCAAUUUAUCAACGA